AUGUUAAGUGAUAAAAGCAGUGAAUUAAUGAAGACCUAAUAAAUUGCAUAUUUUGGUUGUUAAGGUAUUUCUGAAGAUAAUCACAUUGAAAUUGGUUUUUAAUUUGCUUACCUCUUAAAUAUCGAUGAUGAUGAUUAAUUGCAAAUAACUUAAGUCUCAAAUUGCAAUCAAUAUAAUGCCAUAACCAUAUAUGUUCAAAAAUGGUCAGAUUAUAUGAUUGUUCAACAUUAAAAGGAUUAAUUUGAAACAAGUCUGCUUAAUAAUAUUUAAAUUGUUUAUGAUGAAUUAAUUUUUCCAAUAUUUUAUUAGGAAGGACAAUUUGUUACUUUUACAUUCAAAGCUCAAGAUAACAAGGGUCCUAUUGCUAUCAGUCCUAAUAGUGAAAUUAACAUUUUAAUUGAGGAAGCAUAAAAACCAGAGUAGAAAUUGGAUUUAAUUGAAUUAAGUGUAUUACUUUCAGAUAAAGAUUAAUUUGAAUCGUUUAUUGAAAUAAAUACAGAACUAUAUCAUAAUAACAGAUUAGACAAAUUAUAUUAAAUCACUUAUUCAUCAUCAUUUCCAAAAUCAUAUAGAAACUAUCAAAAAUAUACUAAGAAUUUGAAAAAAAAUAAAUAAAAACAAAAUAUUCCUAAAACUGCAAUCGUCUAAUUCAAAUAAAAUAAAGAUGUUAACAAUAAAUAUUGCUUCAUUUCCAAAUUUUAUGCUAAACAUCUUGGAAUAAGGGAAGGAUAAGUGAUUUUAAUUAAUACACAAGAAUAUGAUAUAAGCAAGGAAUCAACAAUUAGAACAAUCAAAAGAAAUUAGCUUAUUUUUCAAAAAAUAUAUUUCAAUUUUUACACUGAUUCUGAUUUACCUUUAAAUAAAGAAUUUUUCAUUAAAUUGAUAAUAAGCAAAAUUGAAAAAAAUUUAUAGAUUGUUUUAUAAAGCAGAGUUCAUAAUAAUUAAAAACAACUUUAUUUUUUGAGAAUUGUCUAACUAAUUGGGAAUCAACCAGAGCAUUUCCUAUAAAUGUUAUCUAUUAUAAAUGAACAUAAUGAACCUAAAGUAAUAGGAGAAAAAGAGAAAGGAUUAUUAAUCAAAUACUUAGAAGAACAUGUAAGAAUUCUUGGAUUUACUAGUCCAAUUUAAAAAGAAAUCAAGCUUACUUAAUACUAAAAUUUAAGAUAAAAAGAUGUUCCCUAAUAAUAAAAUAUAGGAUAAAAAGAUGUUAAAUAAUAAGAUUUUUAACUAUUUUUGUAACUAUUUGAAGGGUCAAUUAAAUAAAUGAAUUCUAUUUUAGAUUAACAAUCUAAUUCAUAAUGUUUGGUAAUUUGUAAAGAAAUCUAAGCAAUUUAAGUGCUAGUUUCCUUUUUAAAAACAAAAUUUGAAGUGAUUAAAUUAAAUUUAGACAAAUUAAAUCAGUAAGGAUAGAAUGAAAAACUAUAAAAUGUUAAAAAGUUUAUCAAACAUAUAUUUUGGUAAUCGAGAUAAGUGUGUUUAAAUGAUAUACUAAUAAUAGUCAAAGGGGUUGAAUCUAUCAAGAGCAUUGAUUUAAUUGAUUUUUAAUAAUCAUUUUAAAUACUUAUUUCAAAUAUUUUAAGUAAGUUAAUGAGAAAUUAAAUAAUGGAAUAUCCUUCAGUUAAAUUAAUAGUGGUAUCGCCAUCAAAAGAGUAUUUAAAUGUAAACCUUGAAAAAAAAUUUUCAAAGGAGUAAAUUAUUGAAUUCAAUAAACCCAAAUUAGAACUAAGAUAGCGAAUUUUCGAAUAAUUUUAUCAUUCAGAAGAGAUUAAAAAAUGUGCUGAAUAAUUAGCUCAAAAGUCUGAAAACUUUAAUUUCACUUAAUUUCAUGCUUUAUAAAAUAGAGAAAGAUACUUAAAAGAAUUGAAUUAAUAAAUAUCGGAGGAAUGGAUUUUAUAAUAAAUUAAUGAUUUAUAGGACUAAUAGGUGUAACUGAAUAAGAAAAUACCAACUUUCAAAGAAAUAGGUGGUCUAAAAGAAUAAAAGUAAAUAAUUUUAGAUCUUUUUGAUCUACCAAUGAAAUAUGAGCAUUUAUUUGCAAAAUCCAAAAUUAAACUACCUAAAAGUGUUUUGAUUUAUGGGAUGCCAGGAUGUGGAAAGACUUACUUUAGUUUGAGUAUUUGCAACGAGUUAAAAAUAAAUGUAUUAACAGUAAAAGGACCUGAAUUAUUAGAUAAGUAUAUAGGAUCAUCUGAAUAGAAUGUUAGAGAUCUCUUUUAAAAGGCUUAAUCUCUAUCUCCUUGCAUUAUCUUUUUGGAUGAAAUAGAUUCUGUUGUGCCUGUUAGAACAUCAUCACAUUCAGGAGUUACAGAUAGAGUUGUCAAUUAAUUUUUAUGCUAUCUAGACGGAGUAGAGGAAGGAAUGAAGGGAGUCUACAUCGUAGCUGCUUCAAGUAGACCUGACUUAAUAGAUCCAGCCAUAUUAAGACCAGGAAGAAUUGACAAGCAUGUUAGAAUAGAUUUACCUAAUAAGGAGGAGAUCCUUUAAAUUUUGGAGAUUUAUAAAGGUCCUUUAGAAUUUGAUGGAAUUGCAGAAGAAGAUAUAGCUGACUCUUUGUUUGGGUUAUCGCAAGCUGAUGUUGUCUCUUUUUUUAAAGAAGCCAGAAUAUAUUUAACUGAUAGAAUAGUUUAAUUAGAAGAUUUUAGUCUAAAAAGAAAGGUGUAGAAAAUAGAGGACUUUAAAUUAACUAAGGAAUUGUUUUAAGAUAUUAUGAAGAAUAUGAAACCCAGCUUGAGUUAAAAAUAGAUACUAUUCUAUAAAGAUGUAUAUAAUAGAUUUGAGAAGGGAGGCAUAAAGGAUAUGAGUAAUCAAAAAUAAGCCUUAUAGUGA